AGGGCUUUCAUUUAUCUCUGGCCACAAAUUCAAUAAUCAAAAUAUUUUGCCGCCAAAGCUUCUUCGUUCAUUUCUUCCAUUGUCGAACGCCGGCGAGCGACUCAUUCAGCCAUGCCGCCGACGAUUUUUCAGGCGCUACAGUGUUUCCAAUGCUCCACUAUGCAGGUGAAGCAGCAGAAGAAGAGCAGUAACAAAUGGAACUGUGUGGUCUGCAACCAGAAACAAUCGGUUCGGAAAGUCUAUGCCCAGGGGUUUAUGGCUAAGGAUGUGCGCAAAUUUGUCCAGAAUUUCAACAUGUCUCGGCAAUUAGCUGAACAAAAUCUUCUCAAUGUUGAUGGGCAAGAUGAAGCCCUAGGAAUUGGGGAUCAGAUUUCCGUCAACGGCAAGCCGAAGAGAACUGAUUGGACUGAGUACGUUGAUCCGGAGGAUGACUCCUCAUAUGCUCCAUACUCACCGGGUGAAAAUAAUGCAGGGGAUGAAUUCGAGCCAAAAAUAAUCACUGAAUUGCCAAAACCAGUUUUUAAAAAGCCCAAAUUGAAAAGCCACCAUCACAUUGCAAAAGAUUCUGCAGAUGAUGAAGAAGAAGAAACUUCUCUGAGGAAGUUCGGUGGGAGGCAUACCAGAGCUAAUAUCCCUUCUCAUGCUAUUGGAUCGAGUAGAUAUGGGAAUGCCACCACGGUUAGAGGCACGCAAGAAGGCUGGCUUGAGCGUGGAGCAAAAAGAAAGUGUGCUGAUAUACUAGAAGGGAUGAGAAAUGAACAGCCAGCACACCAGAUCUCUGAAUGGAGUGGAUGCUUAAUUCGCGGUGAAGAUAAAAAGUUUGCUAAUGAGUUGCCGAGGAGAACUCACUUAUCAACAGCUAAGUCACAGACUGCCUCAAAAUGGAGUUGCUAUAUGACUGAAGAAGAAGAAGAAGAAGGAGGCUGUAGUUUUGUGCUUGGAAGGAAGAAAGGUUUAAGAACUGAAGCAGACUAUAUGAAUAACCGACAUGUAUAUGAUACUGAAUCGAUGGAUCAGAUGGUGGAGGAAGACAUACAUCCUGAUUUUCUUUGAGCUUGUUAUCAAGUUAGAGGCAGGAUGAAUCACAACGUUGGUGCUAGGACUUUGCAAGUGAACUGUUGAACAACUAAAGUUUAAUUGCAAAGGUGUAAUGUUUUGUUGAGCCUGAAAUUUUCUGUACUGGAUCUCUUGGCUAGUUAGAACUUAAAUGUGCCGAUUGCAACAAGAGGUAAUUCGUUGCUAUUGCUCAAGAAAAAUUAGUAGUCGUCUAAUGUUUCCUGUAAUAGAAAAAUGUAUAUGUGUAGCACAUCAGUGCUUAUGGCCAUAUGUUAGUCUGUAUCUUUUUUUUCUGGAUGAACUGGAAUUAGUAGAAUGAAAUGUCAGAACUGAUUUUCC